AACAGUAAUCAUUAAGGUGUUAGAUGAGAAAUACAUAGUGGGAUUGAUCGGUGACUAAAUCGUCUUUAAUGUAGUAUUACCUGGAUAAAAGAAAUACGAAGAAAUUCAAUUAAUGUGUAGAUGUUGGAUUACAUAAUUCUGAUCGGAAGAUAACUUUCAAUGGAAUUCUGGGAAAUUUAACGCCAAAGUGAAUAAAAGAAAGACCAUAUGAUCGUUGCUACAGUGUAAAGGUAUGUUUUUUUGGUACGGCAGCAUAAACCAGCUACUAUUUUCAAGCGAAUGUGAAUAAAAGAAAGACCAUAUGAUCGUUGAUACAGUGUGAAGGUAUGUGCUAUUGGUAUGGCAGCUAUAACCAGCUUUUGAUAUAUUGUAUAAAGAUGAGGAUUAAGCGAAAUGAAUGAUCCAUAUGUCGAAGAUCUAGCGGCAGUUAGUAGCAUUUCAGGAAACGAAAUUAAUUCAAAUGCAACAAAUCAUAAGUUCUGCACUCUGAAUGGCGGGAAUUUUAUCAUUGGAAAGCAUGAACACAAAAUACUUCCAAUAUUCUCACGGAAGUAUACCCUUGAUCAGGGCACCGCUAGACAAGAUUCUACAGAAAGUGAUACGGUAACUAACAAUGGAAAAUAUAGUGAUACUGUUUCGAAAGAAAAGGAUGUGACUUUAACACCAUUACCCAGACGUGGCAUCCUGAAAAAUCAGACUUCCGAGCCAGUGUUAAUAAAUGUUGAAUCCGAAAGUCCAAACCCACCACGACAUGCAAAAUCAGACGGGGAAUUGAAUUCGAAUGUUCCGAAAUAUCGCCUUCAUUUUCCAAACUUUAAACGGCGUAGAGACUCCUCACAGGAAUUUGUAAAUGCAGCAUUCGAACCAGACGAAACAGUUCCGAAAGACUUUAAAUUCCGGGAUCUUGUUGAGCAUGCGCUAAGACAGCAAAAUGACGAAUUUUUACAUCCAUUUGGACGCAGCAAUCUUUACACAUCAGUAUUUCUAGGAGAAAAAACUAAUUCUGACACAAAUGGAUCAAAACUUGCAUUCUGGGGAAUACUUUUAUUGGUGCUUCUUGGAAUAAGUGGUGGAAUUAUUUUCAUGGCAGAAAUGCACGAGAUAGAAAACUCACAAAAUAGCACAUCAAACGGCACAGGGCCAUCUACAGCUGGGUAAUUCAGCGUUUGCGUUAGCUCUAUACCGGGGAAUAAAACCAGUGCACAGGGACAGAAUCGGCUUUAAUCAAUCAACUUAUUUUGGAGAAAUAAUUGAACAUACAGGACCGAACUUUUUUUAGCCACUUAUUGGUAUUUAUUUUGUUAUUAUGACAACGAGGCAAUAAUAGUUCCGUCCAGUUAAUACGUUUUGAUCGAUUGGCAGCUUUAUAAAUGAAAUGAGACAUUUGAACCCAUGUGCUGGUAGUCAAAGUAAAAGUGUCUGCAAUGUUGGAUAUGAACAUUAACGUAUGCAAAACGUUACCUGUUUACUAUGUUAGACGAAUAUUACCGAACUGUUACUAGGUCACAACAUUACUUUGGUCUUGCAACCUGUUUUGUCACGUGGUGCCCGGAAGCAUGGAUGCUGAUUGCCUAAUAAUAACUGGACAAUAUUUAGCAUCACUCGGCCAUCCUCGGUAGAAUCCGGAUACGGAAUCGGCCGAGUUGAGGCGAAUGUAUUUAGCAUGACAAAGAUAGUUGUAUUCUGCCUUAAGACAUUUGAUUAGACACGUUCAGCUUUGAGGGCUGAUUAUAUAUUUUUGAAUUGCUCAGAUUGUACAGUUUGCAUAAUAAAUUUUGAUUAUUUUGUGUAAA